AUGACUCAGCUGGAAGUAGAGCAAAUAGAUAAGAAGUAUAACGUGCGGCCAUUCAUAGAAGCUCCGCUUUCGAAGUCUGAUAUAGAGCCAGUCCAGUUGGAUGCUCUUGAUUUGUCUCUCUACAAGGAUGGAUCAGAACAUUUUGAAACCAGGAAGAAGUUGGCAGACCAAUUGGAAAAGUCAAUUUCCACUUCUGGAUUCUUUUCUGUUGUAAAUCAUGGCAUAGAUGUAGAGAGAUUCGAGAGUUUGAAGGCUAUCGCCCAAUCACUUUUGGAAAUCCCUGCUGAAGAGCAAGGUCCAUAUUUGGCUGGAGCAUGGAAAUCUGAUCUUGAAGACAGAACUAAGUCUGUUGGCGCUGAAAGAGGUGCUGGUUUUAAACCCAAAGGCUACUGGUCCAUGAGAAACGGUGUUCAUGAUUCAAUUGUUCAUUACAACUUGAACAAUAUGUUACAUCCAUCGUUCUUCGACGAUUCCAAGAACAACCACCAUCCCUUAGUCAAAGCACAUUUGGAAGAAAUAGCUGGAUACUUCAGGUAUUUGCAUAACGAUGUCUUGAAAAAGAUCACCUACUUGUGUGAUAUCAUUUUAGAGAUCCCUGAAGGAACAAUCUGGAAAUUGUACUACAGUGUUGAAGAAAAUGACUUCGAAAGAUCUGGUCAAGGUGCUGGCAGGUUCAUGUUGUACCACAAUAUGAAAGCAGAAGACGAGGCUAAGGUAGGGAAAAACUGGCUCAGGGGUCAUUCUGAUUCUGGCGGAUUCACAUUCAUCACUUCUCAACCAAUUUUAUCUUUACAAGUUCGAGAUUACUUCACUGGAGAAUGGAGAUAUGUUGGCCACACUCCUAAUGCCUUUAUUGUCAAUAUUGCUGAUGCCAUGGAGUUCAUCACUGGGGGAUACUUCAAGUCAUCGAUUCACAGAGUUGUCUCACCUCCGGAAGAUCAAAAGAACUACAGAAGAUUGGUAUUGAUAUACUUCUCAAGUCCAAAAAACAUCUCCAUUGUAGACCCUGAAGCAUUGGACUCUCCUAAAUUGGCAAGGUUGGGAUUCCUGAAACCAGAUGAAUGGGCAAAGAUCACGUUCAAAGAUUGGUAUAGUAUUAAGGGACUGUUGUUUGGCAGAAAAGCAGUCAAUGAUUCCAAUAGUGAUGAACCAAACUUGGUUUUGUUGUACGGAAGACUACAUGAGAGGUGGCAUCAAGCUGAAGCCAACUUCACUCUCGAAGAGGCAAGAAAGAGAUUCAAAGUAAUUGAAAUCUGA